AGUGGCCGCGGGUGUCUUAAGGGAGGCGGCACAGCGUCCACCCUGCCAGACUGCCACUGUGCCCUGUGCUUGUGUGCUUGUGACAUCCACAUGCCACCGUCUUCCUCACACUUCCAUUUCACUGCCGCGUCUUGGAAGCAACUACACCUGUGAAGUGACGCCUCAACUUUCUUACAGUGCUGUGGGUGACCAGCCUGCCGGCCCAUACAGUGACGCAGUGAAGGGGAGGUGCUUACCAGAGAAGAGGAGUGACCCAAGAUGACCAGGCCACAAGAGUCCUGGCUGGUGGUGGUGGUCCUACUCCUGGCUGCUGCUGCCACCACACACCAGGCCAACCCGUCGUGCCACCCAGUGAAGGAAGGCAUGCUCAAUGUACACCUGGUCUGCCACACCCACGAUGAUGUCGGCUGGCUCAAGACAGUCGACCAGUACUUCUAUGGAGCACGUAACAGCAUCCAGCGUGCUGGGGUGCAGUACAUCCUGGACUCGGUGGUGGACGCGCUGAUCAAGAACCCGGACCGCAAGUUCAUCUAUGUGGAAUCUGCUUUCUUCUUCCGGUGGUGGGAUGAACAGACUCAGGAAAAGAAGGAGGUGGUCAAGAGUCUGGUCAGGUCGGGUCAGCUGGAGUUCAUUGGAGGCGGAUGGUGCAUGAAUGACGAGGCAACAGCUCACUACAACUCCAUCAUUGACCAGAUGACGCUGGGCCUGGUGAAACUCAACGAGACCUUCGGUGAGGCAGCCAGACCCACGGUGGCCUGGCAGAUUGAUCCCUUCGGCCACUCCAGGGAGCAGGCCAGCAUCUUCGCCCAGAUGGGAUUCGACGGUCUGUUCUUUGGCCGCCUGGACCACGAUGACAAGAGCCACCGCUGGGACACUCGCACCAUGGAGUUGAUGUGGCAGGGCAGCCAGAACCUUGGGGAAGCAGCCUGGCUGUUCACCGGAGUGCCCUCGCGUUACUCUCCUCCUGUUGGUUUCUGCUUCGACAUCCUGUGCUCUGAUGAACCCAUCAUGGACGACCCAAGACUCCAUGACUACAAUGUGGACAAAAAGGUGGAGAGCUUCCUGAAGAUAGCUAAGGCCCAGAGUGACGGCUAUGCCACCAAUCACAUAGUCAUGACAAUGGGUAUGGACUUUCAAUACCAGAAUGCCAACACCUGGUUUGUGAAUCUGGACAAGCUGAUCAGGUACGUCAACAAGCGUCAGACUAGUGGGUCAAAGGUUAACGUGCUGUACUCCACCCCGUCCUGCUACCUGUCAGCUCUGCAUGAUGCCAACCAGACCUGGACCUCCAAGACUGACGACUUCUUCCCCUACGCCUCGGGCAACCACUCCUACUGGACUGGCUACUUCACCUCACGGCCCACACUCAAACGCUAUGUCCGCCACACCAACACUGUCCUUCAGGCAGUGAAGCAGGUGGCUUCCCUGAUGGGGCUGGGUCGCACUGAGGGCUUGGAGACACUGAAGGAGGCAAUGGGUGUCCUGCAGCACCAUGACGCUGUGUCUGGGACAGAGAAGCAACAUGUGGCAGACGACUACAGUGAAAGGCUGGCAACUGGCACCACAGCAGCUCUAGGAGUGAUGGGACAGGCACUCGGCAAGUUGCAGCCAGUUGAGGCGUUGCUGAUGGAGAAGGAAAAGGAUGGGGGAACCAUUCACUUCUGCCCCUUGCUCAACAUCUCCAGCUGCCCUGUCACCGAGUCCUCCUCAGCCUUCAUCAUGACUGUGUACAACCCCAUUGCCCGCCCCAUCAGCCACUACGUCAGGAUACCUGUGCCCAGUGACACUGCCUACAAGGUCACUGACUACAAGGGUAAUGCAGUGAAGACCCAGCUAGUCCCCAUCCCCAAGCCAGUCCUGUCCAUCCCAGGCCGACACUCCACUGCUGGAUCAGAGCUCAUUUUCCAAGCCACAGACAUUCCACCACUGGGCUUCGUGCGCUUCCACAUUAAGCGCACAUCCAGUUACCGCGUCCUCCGCCACCAGAUGUCCCAGAUUCGCUCCCACGUACUCAGUGGAGACGACCCUAUUGAGCUGUCUGGGGAAGAGAAGAAAUUUGUCGUCUCAAUGGAUCCCAAGACUGGCCUACUUAAGAAGAUGGGAGCUGUGCAAUCCAGAGCUACUGAAGCAUCUCUUGUGAGCCAGACAUUCCUGGUGUACCCGGCCAUGGCAGGCAACAACACCAAAGAGCAGUACAGGGCGUCAGGAGCUUACAUCUUCCGGCCUAAUGUCACGGAGGCUAAGGAGAUUGCCAGCAAAGUCAACGUGAUCUCUGUGAAAGGGCCACUGGUGGAUGAAGUUCAUCAGGAGUGGGGACCAUGGGUGAGCCAAGCUAUUCGUCUCUAUGCCGGGUGCAGAAACCUAGAGAUGGAGUGGCUGGUGGGGCCCAUUCCUGUCAGGGACAAGAUUGGGCUGGAGGUGGUGAGUCGUGUGGAAUGGCCUGGCAUCACCACUGGUGACUUCUACACUGACUCCAAUGGAAGGGAGAUGCUGAAGCGUGUGAAGGACUACCGGCCCACCUGGCACCUGCACAACCUUGAGCCGGUCGCUGGCAAUUACUACCCAGUCAACUCUCGCCUUAUCCUGGGCAACAGCACAGGUCUGAGGGCGGCCAUCCUCACCGACCGCUCCCAGGGUGGCACGUCCCUCAACCCAGGACAGAUGGAGCUGAUGGUCCACCGGCGCCUCCUCCAUGACGAUGCCUUUGGGGUGGGUGAGCCUCUCAAUGAGACACAGUUUGGCGAGGGUCUGGUGGUGCGUGGCAAACACUACCUCAUCCACAGUAACCUUGCCACCCCUGAGUGCGACUUUGGCUGCCUGCACCGCACGCUGGGAGAGGAGCUGCUACUGCCGCCGCUCUAUGCCUUUGAAGAGACCGCCACCUCGGCACACACCUGGGCCAACAUGGCUGUCAACAAGUGGGGUGGCCUAGGGGUGAACCUGCCUCCUAGCGUGCACCUGCUCACCCUGGAGCCUUGGGGGGACAGUCGGCUGCUGCUGCGCCUGGAACACAUGUAUGAGAAAGGAGAGAGUGACACACGCAGCAGCCCCGUCACUGUGUCUCUCAAGGGCCUUCUGGCAGACUGGGCCAUCACUGGUGUGGAGGAAAUGAUUCUCUCAGCUAACCUGCACAAGAAGGACGAGCACCGACUCAAGUGGAAGGUGAAGACAACCAGCACAGCACAGGCGAGCCACAGCCAGCAGCACACCAGUAACAGUGUGCACCAGCAGGACCCACUCAGCGUGACUCUUGGUCCGAUGGAGAUCCGUACCUUUGUCCUGACAGUGAAGAAAGUAUCGUCAAGGUUCUAGGAAGGUUGAGGUAGGGUGAAUAUAGUAAAUAAGGCAAGGCAAAAGAAUGAAGAGGUACCCAGAAUUAUAUUGCAUGCUCUGACCAAAUUCAGACAAGGGGAGAAGAGUUUGCCUCAAUAUCAGACAUCUCUUUUUGUGUUGAGAAAGCAGUUCAGUGGUAUACACUUCAGUGCUUGCUGCUAAAAGGGGACAUUUAUGAGUCUGUGCUUGUCAUCUGAUGUGGAGCCCUUUAUUUCUUUUCAUUCCCUUCUCUCUUAUAAUUGACUUGUGUACUCCUGCAUUUGAUGUGGGAACUUCACUUCUUGUAGUUCAUUCCUUUCUUGUACUUUGGUUUGCUUCUGUUUUGAGUAUCUGGGAAGCUCUGCUCCAGACUGUGUUGCUGAUGUUACCCACUACUGAGCCAGGCUACUGCUGUGACUGGCUGGCCACAGAGACUUGCCUUUAUAUUCCAAACAUGUCACAAAAAACAAAAAUGUACUGAGAUUGUAUGCUCUAUUUUUAAUACUACUACUAUUAGAAAGGAUUUUAUAUAAUGUAGACUUUAAUAUAUUGAAUUAUAUUUGUAUCGGUUAACUUGUUAUUUAAAGUUUUUAAAGUUUAAUUUUAUAUAUAUAUAUAUAUAUAUAUAUAUAUAUAUAUAUAUAUAUAUAUAUAUAUAUAUAUAUAUAUAUAUAUAUAUAUAUAUAUAUAUAUAUAUAUAUAUAUAUAUAUAUAUAUAUAUAUAUAUAUAUAUAUAUAUAUAUAUAUAUAUAUAUAUAUAAAUGAUACCAGUGUUUUGAAAGGUUGUUGUUUAACCAAUAGUUAAUGUUUAAUGUAAUGGUGUUUAUUUACAGUCCAGAUUGUGAAUGAGAAUAAAACAGUUUGAAGAGCAUAGUAUGAUUCAUUGAUGGUGUGUACUGAGGGAAGGUUGUGAAUGGGGCCAAUCUUUCUCCCUUAACGGACAACUUUGGCUUUAACUUCCUUAAUUAAACAUGAUAGACACUUUAUAAUUAUACAGGUAUAGAUUUUUAAGACUUGAUUUAGGAUCCAAGAACCACAUUAUGAAAAGUUAGUGAUAGUCUAAGAAGCAACUAAAUAAUGAAUUUAUAUACAUACACUGUACAAGCCAGAAAAAUCCCGCUGGUGGGAUGCUUGUAUCAAAAGUGUGAAGCCAGGAAGGAACUGUAGGACGCAUGAGUAAGUGCAUCUUGAAGAGUUGUAAUUCCUUCUCAAAACACUUGGCUGACUUUGUUGUGAAUUACUGUGGACAAAAUAUGCAUUAUUUGUUGAAGUCUUAACAAACCUGUAAAUGCCUCUUUUGUAUAAUCUUUGGAUCAUUAAAAAAAGCUUAGUUCU